GUGAUGUAGGUUGAACUAAACUCCCGGGGACGCUCUUGAGCAUUGAGCAAUGUUUGCGAGUUGGAGCUGGUGCUUAAAAAGCAAGCUGCUCAGCGAGUUCACUGCGCUUCACGGACCUAAACUAGCGUCGUGCACACUCAGUGUAGAGAUAUGUAGAACAAUACGCACUCCUAUUUAAAGUUGUUUCUUUUCAUUCUGGCUGUAGAUGGGCUUGGUGAUAUGUCCUUGCAUUCGGCUCUAAUUGGAAGCACCGCACUCGGAAUUAUGUCAUCUGUGGUGUUUUUUUAGAGCGACUUGAAUGAGCAUGUAUCUUGAAGCAUAAUGAAGGCGACAAGUCUGUCAGUUUCAAGUAUAGAAAGCGGUUUAUAAUAGCCAAACGUGAUGGAUAAUCGACUGAAGAGGAAGCUGACGUUCUUCACCAUUGGGCUCAUAUUUCUUCUUAGCGGUGUGGAAUAUGCUGUAAUAUUGCCCACAAUAUGGAUGUACUUGCAAACUUUGGAUGCAGCGCCUUACUUUCUGGGCUUGGCCCUGUCUGCAUUCAGCUUGACUGGCCUCCUGUCGGGACCGCUGUUUGGCCACUGGUCCGACAGAACACAGACCACCAAGAAAAUCAUUUUGUUUGCCAACUUUUUUGAGUUAAUUGGUAAUUUUAUGUACUUUAUAGGCUACUCCAAAUGGCUGUUACUGUCAAGCAGACUGGUGGCAGGCAUGGGCACAGGUGCUGGCUCAUCUAUCUUUGGCUUCCUGACCAGAAACACUGCCCCCGAGGACCGUGCCACUGUGUUUGCUAGUGUCAUGGCAUGUCGACAAGCUGGCCUUCUGAUUGGUCCAGCAUGUAACAUCUUCCUGAGGCUGUGUGAUUUCCACCUGGGUCCUCUCGUGGUCAAUAAAUAUACGGCGCCAGGGUUGUUCAUGUGCCUGCUCUGGACUGUGCUUCAACUGGUGGUGAUCUUCAUGUACUGGGAUCUACCGCCUCUAGAGAACAGGAAGUCCAAUGAGAGUUCACCAGGCCAGAGCAUUGAGGAGGAGGAGGAGGAGGAGGACGAUGACGACGACGACGAGCGAGGGCUGGUGGAAGAGGACAAUGACGAGGAAAGGCCGCUGAUGGGGUCCCAGGAGGUGGGGUGGUCCUACGGCUCGGUCGAGGUAUCCAAACCACCCAGUUUGGAGGUCUCUGCUGCCUCAAAUACCACGCUAAAUCAGAUCUCUCCUUCUCCCUCGCCCGGGCUACCAGAGUCCUAUGAGUCUUUCUGUUCCUUGAAGACUUUCAUAUCCCGAGAGUUCCUGAGAGAAGAAGUGGUCGUGCUGCUGGCUGCUCAGUUCAUCACCCUCUUCAAUCAGACAGCGCUGGAGACCAUGGUGACCCCGAUGACCCAGAAGUACUUUGGUUACGGGGAGCUGGAGAACAGCGUGAUGUACUGUCUCUGCGGUGUGGAGGUGAUCGCUGGCUUUCUAUUUGUGUACUGGCUGAGCCAGCGUGUUGCUGAGCGAGUGGUCCUGGCCAUCGGUCUGACCAUCUGCAACGUCUCUGCUGUCUGGUGCCUCAUCUUCCUGGCUAACCCACUAGGUGGCUUCCCAUGGCGGCUGACUGAGUUCAUCAUUGGGGUGUUUCUGCAGGUUUUGGGUUUGCCAUUUGUAGCUGUCGCUCAGGUUUCCCUCUUCUCCAAAGUUACUGCUGUGGAAACACAAGGUUUCAGUCAGGGAGUGCGUCGCUCAGUGGGCGGUCUAGCUACCAUCAUGGGCCCUCUGUGGGCUGGUGGCCUUACAGAGAACAUGUACAUCAUGAUUGGGGUGAUGAUGGCACUGCUGGCACUGCUAACGUUGAUGCUGGCUUUCUCAUACGAGCGGCUGGUUGCACCCGCUGCAGUGGACGAGUCGGACGAGUCGGACGAGUUGGUCAGCUCUGGCUAAUCCACCAGAUGGACUAUGCAAUGAAAGUGGAUGUGGAAGGGAGAUUCCCUGUCUUGCAUCUUACUGUCCCUCCACACUUUCAAUUUCUGCAAAAUAUAGGACUUGUCAGCUUUGUGUGCAGAGGCUGAUCAAAGCACUGUUAUGGUGUACAGUAUAUGUUCAUUUCCCAUGGAAAUAUGGAAUCCUGCUGGCACCGCGAGUCCAAUCUUUGGAUGAAAGCCGAUUCCGUAAUUUUGUGUUCUGCAGAGUACCAACUACACUUUGGUGCAUCACACAUUCUGCCAUUAAUAAACAUGCCAAGUCGUUGUGGA